AUGGCGCAGAUCAAAUACGUGAAGAGCAACAGCAAGGCCAAGAACGCGUCUGAGUCGACCGUUCUCAAGCCAAAGGCCAACACCAAAGCCAAGGUCACCAAACCCGCUCCAUCAGCAAAGGACAAGACCGCCGCAGCCGACAAGUCUAAGACCAAGACCACCGCCACGAAGAAGACCACCGCCGCAAAGGCCAAUGGCACCGCGAAGCCCGCCGCUCGUGGCCGGCCCAAGAAGACAAAACCUGAGACUGAGGGAGAGACGACUGAGACAAAGAAGGCCGCUACCAAGUCCAAGGCUCCUACCACCAAGAAAGCGCCAGCAAAGAAGGAUGCUGCAGAGGACACCGAGCAGGCAACCACCAAGCCGUCGCGCAAGCGCAAGGCCGCCGAUGAGGCACCAGCUGCACCAGCGAAGAAGGUCAAGGUCAUCACCAAAGGCAAGGUCAUCAGCGAGCCACCCACCAAUCGUCUGAACGUCUACGUAUUCGGCGAGGGCACUGCCGGUGAACUCGGACUCGGUACCGCCAAGAAGGCAGUCGACGUCAAGCGUCCACGUCUCAACCCAAACCUCAGCGCGAAGGACAUCGGUGUUGUGCAGAUCGAAGCUGGUGGCAUGCACUGCGUCGCGCUCACGCAUGACAACAAGAUCCUUACGUGGGGCGUGAACGACCAAGGAACUCUUGGGCGUGACACCGAGUGGGAGGGAGGAUUGAAGGAUAUGGAUGACGCUGCUUCAGAUGACAGCGAUGAUGAUGAGAAAGACGACAACGGUCUCAACCCUAAGGAGAGCACUCCAGGAGAGGUCGACUGGUCUGAGACGGAGAUUGCAGAGGGCACGCGCUUCGUGCAGGUCGCUGCAGGUGACUCUAGCUCAUUCGUCCUCACGGAUGACGGCAAGGUCUAUGGCUGGGGCACGUUCCGCAGCAACGACGGCAUCUUCGGCUUCACGCCAGAGGUCAAGAUCGCCAACCGCCCAGUGCUUGUUCCUGGUCUGAAGGACAUUGCCAGCAUCAAAGCUGGCGCAAACCACGCCCUUGCCAUGAACACCAAGGGCGCCGUCUACGCCUGGGGCUCGGGUCAGCAGAACCAGCUCGGUCGCCGCAUCAUCGAGCGCACCAAGGAGAAGGGUCUCAUUCCAUGCGAGUUCGGUCUUCCAAAGGGCGCGAAGAACCGUAUCACUUCCAUCGAGACUGGCAGCUAUCACAGCUUCGCCAUUUCCAAGAAUGGAGAAGUCUACGCGUGGGGCCUCAACAACUUCGGCGAGACUGGCAUCAUGGACAAUGCUGGCCAAGACGAUGCGGUCGUCAUGAACCCAACCGUGGUCAAGUCGCUCAAGGGGAAGAACAUCAGCAGCAUUAAGGGAGGCGGUCACCACAGUCUCGCUGCCACCGAAGACGGCGACUGCCUCAUCUGGGGUCGCAUCGAUGGCGCACAGACCGGCAUCGCCGCUGACCAACUCUCCAAGCUGCCAGCAGAUGCCCUCAUCAAGGACGAGACCGAUCGUCCACGCAUUCUGGCUGAGCCAACCAAGGUCAGCGCCAUCCAAGGAGAAGUGAUCAAGGUCACUACCAACUCCGAUCACAACAUCGUCAUCACCAAGGAUGGCAAGGCGUGGUCUUGGGGCUUCUCCGCCAACUACCAAACCGGUCUCGGCACGGACGACGACGUUCCUGUCGCCACCCUGAUCGACAACACUGCUGUUCGCGAUCAGAAGCUGAACGGAGCCACCACCGGUGGCCAGUUCAGCGUCCUCACUUCACCAGCUGACGUUGAGAUGGCUGAUGCAUGA